GCAGCAGCAGCAACAGCAGCAACAGCAGCGACGGCCUUAGUUUUAAUCCAUAGUUAAAUAACAACAACAAACACAACAACAAGAGACAGACCGGAAAAACGUUGUGUGAUCAUAAGCAAAUUUGUUGUUUUGUCGCGUUGCAGUUGCCAGUUGCAUGUUUCUCGUUGCCUCAACUUAACGAAACGCUUAAGCGACGGUUAGCUGACCAACAAACAUUACAAAUGCAAAUACCACAACAAAAAAACGGCUACUUUCCAGUGUUGUAUAAUAUCAAAUGCUUUCGAUAACGCCCCAGUUUCCAAUUGGGCAUACAAAAACCUAAACGCACAGUGCUCAACAAAACAAACAUCAAGAAUUCCAAUACCAAUAUUGUUCGUAAAGUCGUGAAAUCUGAAGCAUAAGCUACUUAUUUCGAUGUUAAGCAAUAACAAACAACAAAAACGUCAAACAAGCUUCGUUCCCAAGCCCAAUGAAUAAAUAGAUGAAUGAAAGGCGCGCUCAGAAUGCCCGCUUAAGCAAAUAAACAAAGAUAAAUAAACAUAAACUAGUGCUAUCCAACAUGUAAUGUGCAAAACAAACAGCGACAAACAUACAUAAACAUAAAUACUGAAACAGACACAAAGCUUCCAAUCUUCAGCUCAGUUUGGUUUAGCUCGUAAAUGUCUCUCGUAAAUUGAUCACAAAUUAUACAAAACUCAACCGCUUAUGGAAUUCAAGCCAACAAACCGCUUCAGCAGCCAACAACAACACGCACAUCUAAAGUUUUUAAGUAUUAUAUAGAAUACACCUGGGUAUACUAUAUUCGACUCCAAUCACUGCACAGCAAAUACAAAGGCAAUGCAGCGCCAUUCAAGCUCGACUUCUACUCUUCAAAGCACCUUAACCACUGACACCACACCGGCAACCACACAAUCCCGGCCUAGAGCCAGCAGCAAUUCGACUGCAGCUCCGUCAACAAAAUGAUGGAACGCUUAUCCACGCACUUGUCGCUCUCUGGAUUAUCGCUCGCACAUCCAUUGCAGGGUCAUUUAAGCUCGGUGAGCUCCAGCAGUGGCACGCAUCUCGGCCAAUUGAUACAGCAUCAUCAGCAACAGCAGCAGCAACAACAGCAACAGCAGCAACAGCAGCAGCAGCAGCAACAACAACACACCAGUGAACAGAGUCACGCCCACAGUCACGCCCAUCAUCAUAGCCAGCAGCAACUCUCGCUGGGUCAACUGGGUCAGCAGCAUCAUCACCAUCAGUGCAACAGCAACAGCAGCGGCGGCUCCCCCAACGGCAACGGCAGCUCCGCGCUGAGUCUGCAUCCACAUCUGCAUCAUUCGGCGGCCGCUGCAGCGGCAGCUCAUCACCUGAGCUCCCAGCACUCUCAACUGCAUCAGCAUCAUCAAGCAGCACAGCAGCAGCAGCCGCACUCGACAGGCUCACAUCAUAGCCAGACGGCUGGCUCCGGCGCGGGCUCCAUACACAGCCAGUCACAGGCGCAGCCGCACCAGACAUCGCACAGCAACGGCAUUGGCCAGCAUCUGUCGGGUGGCGCGGGUCACGGUCUCGCCAGCUCCAGUUCUAGUGCGCCCGUGCACUACACAUCCACGUCCAGCACAUCAAGCAGCGUCAUGGCAGCCGCCGCGGCAGCUCAUCUGCACCACAAUUCGCAGGCGUCGCCCAUUAGCAAUCUGCAUCAGAAUAUGGGCAGCCUCAUGAACAGUGGCAGCAGCGCCAGCGACGUCUUCUUCAGCCUGAUGAUACAGAACACAACGAAACGCCAGAACGAGGAGCACAUAAAACGUCCAAUGAAUGCUUUUAUGGUCUGGUCACGCCUACAGCGACGCAAAAUUGCUCAGGAUAAUCCCAAAAUGCACAAUUCCGAGAUAUCCAAAAGGCUGGGUGCCGAAUGGAAGCUGCUCACCGAGGAAGAGAAACGUCCCUUUAUCGACGAGGCGAAGCGUUUGCGGGCCAUGCACAUGAAGGAGCAUCCCGAUUACAAAUAUCGACCUAGACGCAAACCCAAAGCUCUGAGACGCGAUGGUUACCCGUAUCCCAUGCCAUAUCCAUCGGUGCCAGUGGAAGCGUUACGUGCAGGCAUCUCGCCGGGUUACUUUGCGCCCGGUCCCACAGCGGCCGCCUAUCACCUGGGCAGCCAUCUCACGCAGGCAUCGCCGCCAACGACAACGCAGGCGACACUCUCCGGACAGAUGGAUAAAUUUGCAGCAUUGGAACGCAGCUCGUAUCUGAGUAAUGCAGCAGCCGCAGCGGCGGGCAGCCAGGCGAGUGCCUACAGUGCCUACCUGGACCCCAGUGUGCUGACCAAGGCCUACUUCGACUCGAAGAUGUAUCAGGAUCGUGCCAACUAUGCCUUCGAUAUCUCCAAGAUCUACGGCGCCCAGCAGCACGCGGCGGCACAUCAUCAGCAGCAGCAGCAACAGCAACAGCAGCAGCAACAACAGCAGCAGCAGCAGCAGCUGCUCAUGGCCAGCAGUGGGGCUAGUGGUGGGGGUGGCGGCAGUGCUGGCGGCAGCUCGCACAACAACAAUAGCAGCAGCGGGCUGGACGAGCGCGAUGCCACACCCCAGCUGGAGGCGGGCGGGCAAGCGGAGGCCAAGCCGCAUCUGCACUCGCCCAGCGACGUGGGCUUGGACUAUGCUCACCAAUAUGCCCAGCAAUAUGGCGGCCAGUUGGCCAGUGCCGCCGCUGGCAUUGGAGUCGAUGUUGGAGCGGGCGCCGGAGCAGCAGCUGCUGGUGGCGGCGGGGCAGGUGGCGCCUCCGACUUCCGCCGACCGCUAACGGUCAUCUUCUGACCACCAUCGUCCAAUGGCAGCGAGGAGUUGAACUUGUCUAUGACUUAGGAAAUGCGAGAUUAAAGUUAAACGUAGCCAACUUUACAAAUAAGCCUCGAGUUGUAAAUUAAUCAUAAGCUUUGUUAAAAUGAAGAGCAGCUCCGCAGUUAAGCAGCAGCUGAAGGAGGCGGAGAAGAGGAGAUUCCGAUUGAGGAGGUGCUUGGCGAUUCUCACGAAAGGCAGAACAACGAGCGGUGCAAUUUUUUAUGUUUUAAACGCUGAACGAAGUGCAUAGCAUAAAUUUAAAUGUAUUUAAAUU